AUGUCAUACGAGAUGGGUAGCACAUUGAACCAAGUCCAAGGGUAUCUUCAACGACUAGUUAGUAGUAGAGGCAGGCACCAGCCGGGCGAAAACAAUGCCAGACGGAAGGAAGGAAUGGUCGGAGAGAUGCCACAGAGGGCGAUGAAGGUAGAAGGGCACCAGCCGGGCGAAAACGAUGCAGGAAGGAAGGAAGGAAUGGCCAGAGAGAUGCCACAGAGGGCGAUAAAGGUAGAAGGGCACCAGCCAGGCGAAAACAAUGCCAGACGGAAGGAAGGAAUGGCCGGAGAGAUGCCACAGAGGGCGAUGAAGGUAGAAGGGCACCAGCCAGGCAAAAACAAUGCCAGACGGAAGGAAGGAAUGGCCAGAGAGAUGCCACAGAGGGCGAUGAAGGUAGAAGGGCACCAGCCGGGCGAAAACGAUGCAGGAAGGAAGGAAGGAAUGGCCAGAGAGAUGCCACAGAGGGCGAUAAAGGUAGAAGGGCACCAGCCAGGCGAAAACAAUGCCAGACGGAAGGAAGGAAUGGCCGGAGAGAUGCCACAGAGGGCGAUGAAGGUAGAAGGGCACCAGCCAGGCAAAAACAAUGCCAGACGGAAGGAAGGAAUGGCCAGAGAGAUGCCACAGAGGGCGAUGAAGGCGAAAACAAUGCAAGAAGGAAGGAAGGAUGGCUGGAGAGAUGCCACAGAGGGCGAUGAAGGUAGAAGGGCACCAGCCAGGCAAAAACAAUGCCAGACGGAAGGAAGGAAUGGCCAGAGAGAUGCCACAGAGGGCGAUGAAGGUAGAAGGGCACCAGCCAGGCGAAAACGAUGCAAGAAGGAAGGAAGGAUGGCCGGAGAGAUGCCACAGAGGGCGAUGAAGGUAGAAGGGCACCAGCCGGGCGAAAACAAUGCCAGAUGGAAGGAAGGAAUGGCCGGAGAGAUGCCACAGAGGCUGAGGAGGGCAGAAGGAAGAUGGUUUGAGGAGGGUGAGAGGUGUCCAGAAGCUAAGGAGGGCGCCCAGAUGUUGAGAAGGCCAAGAUGA